ACCCCAUCUGUCUCAUAUCACUUGAAAUGUCAUUUCCGGGCUUCUAAUUUUCGAAAUGUUCCGCGGGAGGCCACCUUCAUCCCCUGUUGAGCACUUUUCCUUCCGUGCAUCCCCCCACUCCCCCCGCCCUCCCCCACCCAUCCAUGGUCUCUGGGCCCGCCCGUGGUCUUCAUUAGCCGAGUCGGAGCAAAACAGUAGGGUGUUAAAAACGCAUUUCAUUUCAUUUCGUUCAGACUAAGAUGAACUUUACUACACUUAUGAACGUUAAAUCACAUAAAAAUAAAUAUGCAAAAAACUGGCCUCAUUUGCUUUAUAGCAGAAAUUACACACAUUUUGCAGUCUGGAUUGCCUUUGACAUGGAUAAAUUAAAUGUGGUUAAGGGGGCGCUGUGUUUUGUUUAUAAAUAAGGUUUCCUGUUUGAUACGCUGGUGUAAUAGAAGCGAAAGAGAAACUACUUGUUACUUGGUGUAAAACGUUCACUACCGGUAACUGACAAUGACUCAACAAGCAAGUUAAAAUCAUUUCUAUCAAGUUUAAACCGGUCGUGAAUGAAGAGACAAGUUGUUCACUACUCGGUGACACAUUUCCUGAUCAACUCAUUUGUUUGAAUGUUUAGGUAUAUCGCGUCCAAAGACCCCGUUCACCUUAAGUAGGGCCUACUGACAUGAAAGACUAACGAAUUUAACGAAAUUAUGUAAAUGGAAGCGGCACAUGAUGUGGUGCUGUUAACCCGUGACACUUUAUACAAGUCUGUGUUGCUUGUUAUGGGUGCAUAACAAUGAAAAGAACGGAUUCUUUUAUCGGUUGAGUGGACGUUAAACCCCAUUUUUCUCUCUCUCUCGGGUUAAUCAGUGAAAGGGGAACUAACUCCAUUUUUGAUUCGUAGAAAUUUUUUUACUAUUCGGUUCAGUGAAUAAAAUACUGUUUCAACAGAUAUUUGUACAAUUAAAUCUAGCAAAUUGAAUGAAAUAGUGCAUGUUAGAGAGCCAGAAAUACAACAUUUGGUUGUGUUAAUUCGUCACACAGUUUAUGAAAGUCUUUGUUAGUGCCGCUAGUGGUUGGUUUUGGUGGAAAUCUAGUGCAUGUAAACAACGAAAAGGGAAAUAACUGCAAUUUUGAUUCUCGGAUUCAGUGCGUACUGUUUCAACCGUCACCUAUUAAAGGUUUUGUAAACAUACAUAUAUACCUAUUAACUUGCUUAUCUUUUCAUAUCAGAUAAACUUUGAAAUUAUGCAAUUUGUAUAUUAUAAUAAAGAAGCUUUGGAAUUUAAAAUAGACAUUGUAAGUCAAUAAGUCGCAGAACGAAAGUAAUUAAGUAGCCUGGCGUACGCCUCCAUUUUUAGACGAUAUCACCCAUUGGUGGAAACUGACUCAAGCUGACUUUAUCCCCCAACCAAACAGAAGAAGUGCUCGAAAAACUCCUAACAAUGGGUGACGCUAAUCCUUUGAUUUGUAGCAUAUGUUUAAACGAAUUUCGGGAACCAAAAAUAAUCAACUGUUUCCAUUCUUUCUGUAAAUCUUGUCUGAUAGGUUAUGUUGAUAGAUUUAGUAAAUAUGGGACGUUUGAUUGUCCUUUAUGUCGCUGUAAUAUUCCCCUUCCAGAACACGGUGUUGCAGGAUUUUCCUCAAAUUUUUACCUUGAACAGUCUAAGUCAGAAGGUAAAGAGAAUCUGCGAAAUUCAGUACACAGUGAGAAGAAUUUAGAAAAAGUUGCCGAAGCUGCCAAAGAUAGUGACGUAACAAGGGAUGAAACAAAGCAAGUGGAGAAAAGGUGUUCAGAGCACAAGAAAGAGAUAGAAUUUUACUGCAAGGACUGUUCGUUUCCUCUCUGUUGUAAAUGUUUAUUGAAGAAACAUAAGGAGCAUUCGUUUGUGGACAUAGACGAAGUUGUAGACGAGGCCAGGACGGGCCUAUUAGAUCUACAAAAGGAACUGGAAAAACACACCAAUAAACUUGAGAAACAUUCUGACAUCGUCAAGAGUAAGACAAAGGAAGUAAAAGAAUCCCUUCAAGGAAUCUUUGCGAAAAUUGAUGAAUAUGUUGAACAGAUCAACCGUGCUGCUACAACAGUAAGUGGUAGUGUUAAAGAUGAACUUCAAAAAAUGAGCGAAGACGAUUUAAAACGAAUUGAUGAAGCGGAUUUGAAAACUGAGAAUAUAAAAUUCGAGUUAAAAUCAAAACUGGAUAAGAUAUCAUAUAGUCUAAUGGACAGGUGUAAUGUUGAACUAAUCGAUUUGUUACCGAAGGCCAGGGCGCAAAUGAAGGAGAACCGACAAAUAAAAUUGAUAAAACCGGAAGUGACAACAACGGGCAUGCAAGAAAAGAUAACCCUGGAAACAAUGUAUCGAUGGUUGGGAGUUCAGUUAGAGGCACAGGGUUUAAAUGGUGGAGAUAAUGCCAACAGUCGAAAGCAAGAUUCGCCUACUUCGUCGAUUAAAUUUCUGGUCCUGGCAGAAAAAGUCAAUUCAUCCUUUGACGAAAUAGAUGUUAAGACACAAAUCCCUGCUCAAUAUCCGUGUCUGUUUAAAUAUGCCGAUAUUUUAGAUGGUUACCCGACCUAUAGUAAAGAUUUUCAUCUAGCAUUUACCAGUUGGUACAUAAGUAUAGUCAUAAGUAAAGGCAAGUUAUGGAUCAGCCUAUUUUUAGGGGAACUAAAGGAUCCCAAUAUUAAAUCUGUAACAGCAAAAUUCACUUUAACAUUAGUUAAUUACAAACGUGAUAAUGAGUCUAUUGGUGUAAGGGAUAUGAAAGUAUUUUAUCCGCCACAGCAGUUAAUUUUUGACAGUUAUGUUUGGAGAGAUGUCAUAGAUAGUGAACAUAUAAGAAAAGAGGCGAAAGGGUUCUUAGAUUCUCAAGAACGGGUUAAGAUACUGGUUACCAUUGCUAUGGUUUCUGUUGACAGACAACUCUUUUCUCUUUAAUUCGAUGCUCGUGAACUUUAGACCGACGUUUGAAGUUAUCAUGUAGUAUAGGAUGUGUGUGCCCAGUCUGACCUCCAGUCUAAGGGAAUACAUGAACUAUUAAUCGCUUGGUGUCGUCGGCUACCAAUUAAAUUAAUAGUAUUUUCUAUUGUUUUCAUGGACUGAAUCGAGGGAACAGCUGUGAGAUCAUUUUUCAUAAUGAUUAACAUAAUGAUUAUUCACGUGACCGACCAUUUUGAGCCAGUGAACAAAGGCUGUGAUUCUUAUCAACGACUAUUAUCUUUAGCAAUCAGUGUUGUGUUGUAUAGUAAAUUCCACCAUUGUGCAAAGGCACAGUGCUUAUAGUGUUUCAAUAUUAACUUAAAAAAUCUUAAUGAACGUAGAAUAUUCUCUCAACGUUAUCAAGUCAGUGAGAGAAUACCAUUCGAAACGUCGCCCAAUUAUAUUAGUAGCUGUUUUCGUGUGUUAUAGUUUAUUAUACUACCCUGUUACUAAAUACCUCUAAAAGAUUAUUAAAGAAAACUGAACGAAAAUUAUUGUUUUUAAAACUGCUUAUUUACCCAAUGCUACUAUAGCCACACCCAUGGAAGGAAGGUAGAACUACUAGUAUGGGAUGUUUAAUUAUUUUGAUACAUCCUGUAUUCUUGUCAUACUUUUUAUUUUGUACAACAGUUUUUAAAUUCCCCCCCAGUGAACUAAUUGAAAAGAUAACAAAAUUGGCUCAAUCUGAUUAAAACACAGAUCCUAUUUCGUUCCGUUUUUUAUAGUUUAAAAUUUCGUUUUACUUGUCUUGACUACACAAGGAUAGAUCUGGACGUUCUAGUUGAUGUAAGGAAUUAGCCUAUGAAACGGUCUGUUACGGCGAGUUCUUGGCGUGCUCUAAACGGAACUGUGAGUAAACGUCAACGCUGAUUGAUUAAUCAAUGUCUAACGCCAUAGGGUCAAAAGUCGCUCGCAUGACCCCUGACAUGACCCCCCCCCCCCUAUAACUUGCCAGAUCUUCAUGUAGUAGAGGCCCUCGAAAGUAUGAAAAACGAAACGAAAUAUAGAUCUGUAUUUUAACCAGAUUGGAAUUGGCUUCACUUUGAAAAUAAAUACAAAUGCCAAUCUAAUGCAGAUCUUGUUAUCCCAUCUGACCAAUUCAGCCCGCCCUUUGUCCGCCUAUGGCUCAUUUAAAGAUGCACUAUGGGAGAUGUUAAUAGAGAUUUGGCCUUUCUUGC